GUACAGGAAGGCCGCACUGAAAUGGCACCCGGAUAAAAACCCAGACAACAAGGAGUACGCUGAGCAAAGGUUCAAGGAGAUCGCUGAGGCUUACGAAGUGCUGUCGGACAAGCAGAAGCGCGAUGUCUACGACCGUUAUGGCAAGGACGGACUCAUGGGGGCAGCCGGUGUGGGGGGCUCCAGGGCUGAUGCCGGGGCCCCUGAAUUCACCUUCACCUUCCGUAGCGCUCAUGAUGUCUUCCGGGAGUUCUUUGGUGGACGAGACCCCUUUGCUGACUUCUUUGAUGAGAUGCUGCCCUUCUCUGAGCUGCGAGGACCUGGCCCCCGUCACCACGGGGGAGGCCACUUCUUUUCCCCCUUCCCAGGAUCCUCAGAUUUCUUCGCCUCGUCCUUCAGCUCCGGUGCUGACGCAGGGCUGGGCUUCCGCUCCGUCUCCACCUCCACCACCUUCGUUAAUGGCAGGCGCGCCCAUACAACAGG